CAGGGACCCUGCAGAAGUCGGCUGUCCUCCAGUACGCGGCCGCUGUUGCAAAGCAGUUUUGCUCUUCUGUGCCUAUCUGUUAAUGUCGUCUUUCUGAACGCUUUCAUCUCGUCACUAGGCUGCUCUUUGGAGUUUAUUGCACUCGAUCAGGGAUCGGUUCUCAGAGUCAAGAAGUUAGAAGUGAGAUCUGAGAUGAGUGAGGCCCAUUGGGUGCUGCUUUGGAUGCCUCCGAAGGGGAAAUGGAGUUAUCAGGAGUGAAAAAGACGAGUUUGCUAGCACUCAAUGAAAGUAAUCAAAAAUCCAACACUAGGGCUCCCUCACCAACCAAACGCAAGGAUAGGUCUGAAGAGAAAUCGAAGGACCGAUCAAAGGACAAAGCAGCCACUAAGGAAUCGGGUGAAAAGGAUCGUGGUCGGGACAAGACACGCAAAAGGCGUAGUGCUUCCAGCGGCAGCAGCAGUACCAGGUCCCGUUCCAGCUCAACUUCCAGCUCAGGGUCCAGUUCCAGCACUGGUUCUAGCAGUGGCUCUAGCUCCUCUUCUGCCUCGAGUCGCUCUGGGAGCUCCAGCACCUCGCGCAGUUCCAGUUCCAGCAGCUCUUCUGGAUCCCCCAGCCCGUCUCGACGGAGACAUGACAACAGGAGGCGUUCCCGUUCCAAGUCCAAGCCACCCAAGAGAGAUGAAAAGGAGCGGAAGAGGCGCAGCCCAUCACCCAGACCUACAAAAGUACAUGUUGGAAGGCUCACUAGAAAUGUGACCAAGGAUCACAUCAUGGAAAUAUUUUCCACUUAUGGGAAGAUUAAAAUGAUUGACAUGCCAGUUGACAGGCUCAAUCCACACCUCUCCAAAGGUUACGCUUAUGUUGAGUUUGAGAACCCAGAUGAUGCUGAGAAAGCCCUGAAACACAUGGAUGGAGGCCAGAUCGAUGGUCAGGAGAUCACUGCCACAGCUGUGCUGGCGCCACGACCCAGACCGCCUCCCAGACGCUUCAGCCCACCCAGGAGGAUGCUGCCGCCACCACCCAUGUGGCGCAGGUCACCCCCUCGCAUGAGGAGAAGGUCCCGAUCUCCUAGGCGCAGAUCCCCUGUUCGCCGGCGGUCAAGAUCCAGAUCUCCUGGACGAAGGCGCCAUCGCAGCCGCUCCAGCUCAAACUCUUCACGAUAAAGCAAAAAGACUGGACAGCUUUUUAUUUUUUAACUUAAAUCCCAUGUAACUAAAUAUUGUACCUUUUUUUAUAAUGGGUCUGGGUGAGGAGGGGGGGGAGAGAGAGAGAGAAUCCUGGCAGUGAAGGUGAUCUAAGAGGAGAAAUUAACAGUUCCACAGUUCCUGGCCAUUAGCUGAUAGCCUCUGCUGUGGGGCUUCUACUUUCCUGGCGUUGAAUUGAAUUUAUAAAAAAAAAAAAAAAAAAA